AUGGCGCUGGUUGUCUUAGACCGGCCAUUCGAUCAGAUAGUGUUAGUACUGACGUCUAGAGAAGUGGGCUCGCACGGAGAAUCACCGAAGGAAUCGCCUAAAGUUACUGCCCUACAUGGAUUUAAAGUGCCUACUAAUUUGGUUUCUACAUCAAAAGCCUUAUCGGGUAUUAUCAGAGCCCAGUUAUCUAGACAAGAAACUGGAUCAUGCCAUGUUCCUUGUGAUAUUCAGCAAAAAGUUACUUGGAUAUCCUGCAGAGAUAAUAUGAAUAAUAUGGAUAUCACAGCUGAAAGGGUGUACCCUACACCAUAUGCGAAUCAUCCACUCCUACCAUUGCUGAUUUUAUCAUUGAUGACGCAGAGACAUACACCGAAGCCAUCUACGACUUUUCAAAACGAAUAUGAUUAUGUCGUAGUGGGCGCAGGUUCAGCUGGAUCUGUUGUUGCCAGUCGGCUGUCUGAAGAAAAAUGCGUGACUGUUCUUUUGUUGGAAGCUGGAAAACCUGCUCCCGUGUUAACAGAAGCACCAGGUUUAGCGCGAGACUUUUUUAACACUGACGUAGAUUGGCAAUAUAAAACAGUACCCCAGAAACACACUGGAAAACUUCUUCGAAAUCGGGAAGUCCCAUGGCCAGGUGGUAAAGGUCUCGGUGGAUCUGGAAUUCUGAACGCUAUGGUUUACACCAGGGGCAACCGAAAGAACUACGAUGAUUGGGCAGCACAAGGUGCAGAGGGGUGGAGCUUUAAUGAUGUAUGGCCCUACUUUUUGAAACUUGAAAACAAUACUGACCCAGAAUAUCUUACAAAUGGUUAUCACGCUGCAAAUGGUCCGGUGACCUUUCACAAACCAAGAUAUGAAGCAAAGAUCAAAAAGCCCAUUCUGGAAGCAGUUAAAGAAGCUGGUUAUAGUAUGGUCGAUCCUAACGGCCUUCAUCAAACUGGCUUCUACGACUUUCAAGCCACUCUCAGGGAUGGCCAAAGAUGCAACAGCGCAAAGGCUUACUUGGUACCAGCGGAAAAUCGUACAAACCUCGACAUUUUACCUUACGCACACGUCAGAAAGGUUGUUUUAGAGGGAAACAAAGCCACGGCUGUUGAAUUUGAUCAUAACAAUACCACUCAUCGAGUAAAGGUCAGGCGAGAGGUGAUCAUGGCAGCCGGAGCUGUGAACACGGCUCAACUUUUGAUGCUGUCUGGAAUCGGACCGAGGGAGCAUCUCGAAGAAAUGCAGAUCCCAGUGGCGGCUGACUUGCCUGUCGGGAAUAACUUCCAGGAUCACGCUUGUGUUCCCAUGACUUACGAAUUGGAUAAUACUAUACCAACAAUUCACGAAAGAAUUGAGAAUUUCCAAAACACCCAAGAAUAUAUUCAUAACAGAACAGGUCCUCUGUCCUCUACGCAGUUUAUCUCAUUGCUUGGUUUCCUGGACGGAGAAUCUAACAAUGUUGAAGAGGAUUUCCCUUCUAGUCAGAUCUAUUUCCUAGAAAUUACCACAAAACUUACCAAAGCACAAGUCGGACUGAGACCAGAAGUCUACGAUCAAGUGUUCAAACCAUAUGACAACAAACCUCUCCUCAUCUGUGGGGCACACACCUUGCAGCCGAAGAGUAGAGGAACGAUCCGACUUCGAUCCAGCAAUCCCUAUGAUUCCCCCCUCAUUGAUCCCAAUUAUUUCGAGGAUCCCAAAGACAUACAAGAAACCAUAAAAGGUUUAAAAGUUUGCCACAUGUUAUCCACCAGUGAACCCAUGAGAAAGUUAGGAACGAAGCCUUUGGAAACACCCAUUCCAGGAUGUGAAGACGCGAUUGGCGAUGUAGACCGUUUCUUGGAAUGUUUGGCAAGAGGCCUGGUCAUCACUAUGAGUCAUCCAGUUGGGACAGCUAAAAUGGGAGAUCCGAGCGAUCCCACAACUGUUGUGGAUCCUCAGUUAAAGGUGAAAGGUGUGGAAGGCCUCAGAGUCGUGGACGCCUCAGUGAUGCCCAUCAUUCCUUCUGCCAACAUGAACACCCCGACUAUUAUGGUUGCUGAAAAGGCUUCGGACAUUAUCAAGCAGACGAUACACUGUCCAAAACCGGAGUCUGAAAACUCAAUCCAUGUUGCAGUUUUUGAACAUUCAGAGUCAUGA